GUAAACAUUGCCGAAGUAGUUUUCCGGACCUACCAAGUUCCGUGAUGGUGUACGCCUUCUUAAUUCAUACACUUUUUCCGGGCCAGACCAAAGUAUUGUUUUACCAAAUAUUUGGUUCCGAUACGAGCGGAUCUUCAACAGUUGCCAGCGAUACAAAUAGAAGUUCUAAUAAGCGACAAAAGUGCAAAACGGACAUUGAAUAUGUAGCAUCUCAGGUUCAUUCGGAGUUCCAGUUCCGGCGGUCGGUGGCAGGCCGGACCGUUGAUGACGACAUCCAGGCGCUCAACCAGGAGGAGCAGCUGCCUCAGUUUGAACUCGGCUUCCUCAGACUUCCGGUUGGCGCGCCGUUUGCAGACGACAAAAUUGUUGUGUGGUUGGGUGCCGGAAAUACAUGUUUUACACUUGUGUGCUAUAAACAGGAAAAUAGAACACUAGCAGAACAUGUUCUUAAGACUUUAAUCCGCCAUUUGCAAGACUAUUUGCGCGUCUUGAACCAACCCGCGGAAGCUUCGUUGAAAGCUGACAGAGUGUGCUUAAUUCUAAAUAGAUUCUUGCCGGAUGGAGCACUUGUUUUUAUGAACCAUAGGGUAGUCAGAGGUAUUGAACGUGAACUAGAGGUUUUAAUUAAAACGUGACGGGUUUAAUAUACUAAUAGUAUAUAUUAUCUUUGUCCAAGGCCACCUUCUGUAAUAACUAUUAAAGUUUUUCGUUAUCUA